AUGGGCCCACCCGUCUCCAUCAGGAAUAAUAACACUCCCGGCCCAUCCGUCAUAGUCGAGGAUAUAUCUACCUUCGGCCCAUGGUCCGCUGGCCCGUAUCAUACGGGAUAUUAUGCACGUACAGGAUUGGACACAGAGAAAUGGUUCAAAGCACUCACAUCAAACGUGAAGACAACCUGGAUACUGUUCGUAAACGCAUUUGAAAGCCAUUGGCCACCAAUAAUAGUUGCAGAGAAAACUAAGGCAGAGCACGAGAGGGAGCUGCUAGAGCACCUCAUGUUAGAUGUGGAAGUAGGGACGAAAACCACUCUGUAUGACAGGGAGUGUUGGACGCACGAGGCCUGGGCAACCAAGGCACUGCAGUUAGCCGCCAGCGCAGGGAUUGUGGGAAGCACCUCAAUGAUCUGGCAGGUCAGAGGAAGGCUACCCAGCGUUAUUAAGGACUUACUAAAGGUCGAAUGCUUUAACUGUGGCACUCACGGGCACAAUGGUCGAAACUGCUUAUUGCCAGCAGACCAUGCAGAACGACUCUCUCGCAAAGAAGCCGCUUGGAGAGCAGUUUUACUAGUCAUGCGCCGCAAUAUGAUACAGCCUGGAUUGAAGAUGCACCGGAGCAAGAAGAGGGAAAAGUCGAUGGAGAACCUAGCUGGAGCACCCAUCCUUGCACAUGAAGAGGCACCGUGCGAGGACCACCGCAUAUCACCUUGCCCCAGACCUUCCAAUGAGCUCGUAGCUACACCCACUGCAACUGUACUUCCGUCUCGCGAAUCUAUCACAGUCGUUGACCUGUAUUCAGUGGGACAUCUAACAACAACUAAGGAUCAGUUGGAUGGCAAAGAGGCAGCGCCGUUCAUGCAUCACAUCUCAUUAGAAGGACCGCAAGGAGAAGCUGUAAGAAUCAGAGGACUGUUCGACGAUGGCGCGAUGAUUAGCACAAUGUGUACGUCAAUCUACGAUAAAGUCAAACAUCGCCUGGGCAAUUGGAGUCAAUCAACCAGGAAGCUACAAAUGGCAAACAGGAAUAUUGUCAACUCAUCAACAAAAUGGAACGGUGUCGUCGAUAUCAACGGAGUAAAGACACAAGGAGAAUUUGAGGUCUUCAAUAGUGGAGGUGGAUGGGGGUUCCUUUUGGGAAAACCAAUGUUGCAAGCAUUCAAAGCUAUCCACAACUACAAGACGGACACCAUCAGCAUAUCGGAUGGACUACGCUCGACCACAAUACAAAACCAAAUCGCACACCCAAUCACAUUACGUCGAGCGGACAGGGUCAGCUUGACACUGGAUAUCAAGCAGUGA